AUGAGCGUUAUACACGAAGAACUUCACGUAUCAGGUUCAAGCCUCCGUGAACAACCAAUCGAACAAUUUUCAAGCAUUGCUUGUGUGCAGUGCCGAAAAGGACACAGAAAGUGCGAUAAACGCUUACCAAACUGCAGCAAUUGCAAGAGACUCGGCAAAGAAUGUUCAUACAGGUCUCCAAAGAAGAGAGGACCCCAACCAAAGAAGGGUGAUAACGAGAACCCACUUGCUCUCCCUGAAAUGGGCCACGAUCAUGACGACGACAUGGGCGAAGAUGAGCAUUCACACACUCAAUCACAACAAAGAAAGAGAAAACAAACUGAGCUUCAGCAAGAUGAUGCAAACAAUUUCGAUUCUGACUUUGUUACUCCUGGAGCUUCAAGUAACAUUUCACCUAAUAGUGGUGACACCCAUGCUUCUUCUCUUGUACCAACAUCGAACGGCCCGAUUGAUCAAUCAUCAACGAGACUUUCUGAAGAAUACAUUAAGAAGCUUUGCUUUGACGUUUAUAAGGAAAUUGUUGGCGAUUGCCUUCCUGUUGCACAAAAAACCAAGAUGGACAAACUAAUGAACCAUUCACUCUCUGGCAACAACAUUGUAACAGGUGCUGUAAAGAAGAAGAAGCUUAUGAAUGAGAUUGAUGUUCCAGACUUGGCUCUUCUGUAUGCAUUGCAAUCGGUUUGCUUCCAAAGAAUUGGUCAACAUGAUCUUUCAAAACAACUCUAUCAACGAUCGAGACAGACCGUAUCCACAGUUUUUGAUAACAUUACAGACUUUAAUGUUGUUUGUUCGUAUGCAUACUUGUCAAGCUAUUUGGUUGGAGAGGGAGAUUUCUUGGGAGCUAAAUUCUAUCUCAAUUCUGUACUCUUCUACCUCGAACAACAAAAGCACAACACAAGCGAAUCUGACGCAGCAUUCUUGAAGAGCUUAACGACGGUCAUUCACUUGGCAAUGGAAGAAGACAAGUCUCAAGUUUGUUUCCUUCUGAAUCGACUUCUCUCGCUCAUCAUUACCAAGCAUCCAGAACUUAACAUUGAAGCAUCAGAGAAUGGAUUUUUAAUUUGUGAAGAGGAACUUUCUGAGAAGAUGAGAAAAUUGGAUCUACUGACCAACUCUCUGAGCACGUCAUGCACUGACACCUUGUGCUCUUCGAAGAAGGAUCUCAGCAAAAUUGUGUAUCUUAUGUAUUUGGACACAAUGAGAAUCAAGGUUUUAGAAAAGCACGGAAUGAAAGACUCGAUACAUGUCAAAGAGGCAGCCGAUAGAAUUACUUCUCUGACGAGAAUUCCAACAUUUGAGUUGGCUCCUGUUAUUGUUGUGAGGUCUAUAGCUGUUGCUGCACGAGUUCACUACAACUUGAUGGUUAAGGAUCUUUCUGCCUUCCAGGAUGACAUGUUGGUGAGAUCUCUCAGUGAUGAUUUGAAAGCACUUAAAUUGCUUGGUACCAAGUAUGAAGUGGUUAAAACUCGUUUCCAACAACUCAUUCGUGACAUUGAAUUGAUUUUGGAACAAGCUGAACUGUUUAGACUUCAACGUCACAACUCAACUUCAUUUAACGGCCAACCUCAAUCCUUUGAGGCAACAGACAUCUUCUCCAUGAUCAACUCCAAUCCAAACUUUUAUACUCCAUACUUGUUCAGUCAAGAUGCUCUCGGAAAUACUGUCGAUCAAAACAUUUCGCAGAUACUCAACAAUGAGCAACAACAAACUCAACCACAACAUCCCCAUCCACCAACAGACGACAUGUUCUUACCUCCAUUUGAUGCAUUUGGAGUCAUGGCAGAUCAUGCCAAUCUUGGCAAUACCUCCACUCAACAAAAUAACCUUGACUUUUUGGACUCUCUUAAUGGAUUGUUCCAAUAG